UCUUUUUUUGUUUUUGGGGGUAUGGCCGAAAAAAAAUGUAAAUUGGUUUGAGUGAGUUUUAUUUUAUUAAUUGUAAUAGAAUUUGAGAGAAAAAGACUCAAUGAUUCAAAGAACACUGAAAGGAACGAAAAAUAUUAGUAAGGUACCUAUGUAUGUAUGUCUAUACAUGCACACAUGGACGUAUUUACACAUAGUUUGUAUGUACAUGGAUUCAAUUUUUAAUGCCUACAUAAGUAGAAAUAUUAAAACAGCGAGAUCAAUUUCAUUUUGACCUUAAGGAAAUAAUUUUACAUGUAUUUCCUGAAAGAGCGAUAGCAAUGUCCGUAUUUAUGUGUGUACCUAUGCUUAUGCAUUAAUAUGUUAUUUUGAGAAGUCAAGGACAUAAAAUCCCUUGAAUUUAUAAAAAAAAAUUUGAAACCUCACAAGUUUGCAAUCAUCCGGAUUUGGUCAAAGUCUUCUGCUUAUAUCGAAAGUUUGGCAGAUUUUUUUUUGUUUUUAAUAAAAAAAGAAGAAUUUUUAAGUUUAUGUAAUCACAUUUAUAUCUAUGAAUAACCCUAAAUUUUUAAGGUUUAAAAUUUAAAAUUUUUGAAUCCCAAACUCGUAGCAACUAAAAGUACUCAAAUCUGUGCUUCAAGUCUCUCCGUGUUUGCUUAUGCAAACAAGUUUUGUUAAUGCACUCACAUCCAAUAUAAUUUACUCAACUCACUCUUAGUUAGCCCUUUUAUUUGCGUCAGUAUUGUAAACUUAAAUCGACUCAUACAAGUGAGAGCUUUCCACUUUCAGUUCACAUUCGCACACUAUUAGCUAUAAAAUAAAGGAACCAUAGAGCACUCCGUAAAGAAAUCUAAAAAUAAAGAAAAAAGAUUGGGCUGCGAAAUGUCUACCCCUUCUUACCGAGACAAAUUUGCUGCUGGACAAACUCAAUUGUUUGGAAUUUCAGAACAUCAGUCCUACUGAGCUGACCAGAAUGUUUCCACAUAAACACACGGUUACAUACGUACAUAUUUACGUAUAUAGCUGAUUACUCAAUAAAGCGUCGAACCCUACUAUGAAAACAAUUCCACUCAAAAACGAAAAAUGCCUCAGCACUCAUAGUAUCUGCAAACACAAAUAUACAUUGCUACUGUUUUCACAGAUGCCUACGGACGCUCAUACCGGCAAGUUGCAAAAGUGGCAAGCCAAAGUACACUGACAAGAGCGAAAUAGCACAAUAUAACAGCAAAAGUAUUUAACUUUAGAGAUACAGAGGAGUGAAUGAACAGGCGAUUGUUGUGAAUGCGAGCAAAGCACAAAGUGGUGAUUACCACAGCAUGUGCCGUGCUGCCGCGAAAGCGUUGCGUAUAAUGAUAACACAAAAACGUCGCAGUGGCUGCUGAGUGUGAAAUUGCGGUUUGCUUCUUUUUUUUUGUCUUAAAUGAAAUCCCGGAUGAAAGAGAGAACGGCUGAGGAUUUUAUGGAUUUGCAGAUGUGUUGUUGUGAAGCGAGAAAUUAAGUGCUUGAAUGAAUGUAAACUAAUAGAUAUACAUAUGUAUAUACGUAUACCUGUAUCUGUACCUGUGUAUAUAUAAAUUUAUUGAACCGAAUAUGUACUUGCAUAAAAUGUAUGCAAACACUAUAUUAAAUCAAUGAAAAUUCAAUAAAAAACCCUUGCUCAGUUGCACAUUGUAUACUCACACGAAAGCAUAGCUUUAAUUUCUUUUUGAACAGCUCUCUUUCCGUUCAGAAGAUAUGUAUAACUACAUGACUGCAUAUGUAUUUAUGUAUGUAUAUAUGAACAUAGAUACAUAUAAAAACCUGCAAAUUCAUACACACUCCCAAUUAGUCUUACAAGCAGUUCCCCUUUUCAUCUACCUGCAACACACCAUUCCAUACAUAUCUAUAACGUAAACUCAAUUCCAAUCGGUCACUGAGCACCGUUACAAAUCUAUACUCAACUCAUUUACCCAGCUUUAUGAUACAUUUCAAAGCGUCGCCCUAGUUGCUCUGGCAAAUGUUGAUGGUCUCAUUGCCGCGACGAAGUGAUAUGAGUAUGAGUUCAGUCACACAUACUGUGAGCGUAGAAGAGUCAGAGCCAGAGCCACUGCCACCACAAUUGAGUGUUUCAGCAGCGUCUCUGUCAUUUUCGUACAGAACAUUUCGCUGUCGGUAUCACCCGAACGUAAGCGCCGCAGCUACUGCUUCUGCUGCUGCUGCUGCUGUUGUCGUCUGAAAUGUGUGCAUAGUCAUAGCGCGUACAAAGGCGCAGAUAUUACCAAUUACACGAAUUUUUAUACUCUUUUAAAAAUUUCGUUUUAUUAUAAUAUUUAUUAUCGUAGAGCGCAGUAGUGUCUGCGGAGCGUUUAGCGUUUUGUGUUUGCGCUGACUUUGUAUAUCCGACGAACAACAGAAGCGUAGCCAAGCGUAUACAAAAAUACCAGUAAUCCGACGUAUCCAAGUCGAUUGCAAAGUGUACGUACGAGCGAGUGCCGUGAAAGCGAAAUUUCGCGUCUUAUUGUCUUUUAACUGUUUGUGAUUAUUACUACAAUACGAGCGACAAUCGUCAAACGCCAUACGCCAUUGCCAUAACACCAUAUAUCUGUUACAUACAACAAAGCAAUAAAUAAAUAAUACAGUCAUUCCAAUGAUAUGUACACUCCAAUUCGAUUUGCGUGCUCAACAGAUAAUAUACAUACAUGAAAAAAAAGAAACUUGAAAAGUAUAGUUGCGAGGUAUAAGAAAUAUUAAAUAUAUUAUAUACAAGUACCCAAUACGCACUUUUGAAUUGAAAAGUUGAGUAAAAUCUAACUCGUAAAUACAAACGGAUUUUAUGGAUCCACGUGGUGAUUCCUCUCUAUAAAAUUUCAAAGAAAGUAAAACCGACUGAUUUCAAAAUACAUAAAUAAGCAAGUUUAGAGACCAGGGACUCGAACUAAAAAAGAAUGUGCAAUGUCAAAAUUUGUUUUCGAUAGUAUGCUACCAAAGUAUCCACAGUUUCAGCCAUUUAUCAGUUCACAUUUAACCUCAACCUCACAAAAUUCGUCAUCAGCAGCUGUUGCCGCCGCUUUAGCCGCCGCUGCAGCCUCCUCUACGGCGUCCGUUAAUACACUCGCUAACAACUUAAGUAGUAGUCACGGUCACAUUAGUACCAAUAAUCACAACAACGGCAAUCACAUAGCUUCUGUAGCCGUCCACUCAUCAUCGCUGUCGCCAUCGUCGUCCAGUGUUAACAUUAGCAGCAGCCAUUUAAAUCAGUCGUCCAAUUCGCCGGUGUCUUCGUCCUCGCCUUCAUCCACCACGUUUGGCGCGCUAACGCAUCAGCAACAACAGCAACAAUUGCAGCAGCACCAUCACCACCAUCAACAACAACAGCAGCAACAGCAUCACAGUCAGUAUUCAUUGUCCGCCGCCUUGCAUUUACAACAACAACAACAGCAAUUGCAUAUUAAUAAAUUAGCCGCAGCCGCUGCAGUAGUCAAUUCACAGAGUGGCAACGGUCUAGGACACAGCGUUCAACAGCAACACCAACUAUCUCAUCAACAACUAUUGCUUACACCACCGUCGGCGACCAAUUCGCAAACAGGUGAAAGCAGUUGCUCACCCUCGCCGUCGGCGACAUCAUCAUCGCUGCAUCGCAGUAUCAACGAUCACUCACCCACCUCAGCAUCUGCCGCCGCUGUCGCAUCAGCAGCAGCCGCUAGUACUGUAGCCGCAGCAGCAGCCGCCGCCGCCGCUGCCUCUUCGUUUGCUAUACCCACCAGCAAAAUGUAUCCAUACGUAUCUAAUCAUCCCACAUCCCACGGUAUCUCUGGCAUGCCGGGAUUUUCCGGACUGGAGGAUAAGUCAUGCAGGUACACAGACAGUAUCAUGAACAGUUACCAAUCAAUGAGCGCACCAGCUUCAGCGUCCAGCUUUGCACAAUUCUACCAACAUGCUGCCGCCGCAACGGCUGCAUCUGCUGGAGCUGUUGGCGUUGACUCACUUGGUAACGCAUGCACGCAGCCAUCGACGGGUGUACUGUCCACCGGCAGUGCCGGUCAAAGUAUUGCCGAUUUGCCAAGAUAUCCAUGGAUGACAUUGACAGAAUGGAUGGGAAGCCCUUUUGAAAGAGUCGUCUGUGCAGACUUCAACGGUCCCAAUGGUUGUCCACGUCGACGCGGUCGUCAAACAUACACACGAUUUCAGACACUUGAAUUGGAGAAGGAGUUCCACUUUAAUCAUUAUUUAACGAGGCGGCGGAGAAUCGAGAUCGCUCACGCACUCUGUCUCACUGAACGUCAAAUAAAAAUCUGGUUCCAAAAUCGGCGCAUGAAAUUAAAAAAGGAAUUACGCGCUGUUAAAGAAAUCAAUGAACAGGCCCGACGCGAUCGCGAGGAGCAAGAAAAGAUGAAAGCUCAAGAGUCCAUGAAAUCCGCCCAGCAAGUCAACAAACAAGUGCAACAACAGCAGCAACAGCAACAACAGCAGCAACAACAACAACAUCAACAGCAACAACAGGACCAUCACUCGAUUAUUGCACAUAAUCCAGGGCAUCUACACCACUCCGUGAUGGGACAGAAUGACCUGAAACUUGGUUUAGGUAUGGGCGUUGGAGUUGGUUCGGGUGUGGGCGUUGGUGUGAGCGGCGGCAUUGGUAGUAAUUUGGGAAUGAUGAGUGCGCUCGAAAAGAGCAAUCACGAUCUGCUCAAGGCAGUUAGUAAGGUGUCUUCGUAAAUUUGCAAGCAUUAACAACAACAACAAAAACAACCGCUGUCCUGGCUGACAGUGAAGUGAUUUAAUAGAUGGCGAGGAGAUGCCAUUGCUUCCCAGUUGACUAUUGAUUUACAUACAUAAGCUGAAUUGGAAAGCUGAAAUAUAUUCAAAACACACAAAAGAUGAUAACUUAAAUACGUAAAACAUUUUACAUAGUAAAUUAGUUGUAUAAGUAUACCAACUAUAAACCCAUAUAUAUAUAUAUAUAUAUAUAUAUAUAUAUAAACUAUACUUAAACUCAAAACGUCUAUAAAUAUCAGAUAUAUAUAUAUAUACAUAUAUAUACAUAUAUAUACAUAUAUAUAUAUAUUGAGUAUGAUUCGGAAAUAAGCAACUUCAGAAACACGCGUAAUACACUUAAUUAAUAUGUGCAGGUUUAUUAACAUUAUUUACAUACAUACGAGUACAUACAUAUAUACGUUCAUGUGCAUGUACAUAUAUGUUAGCUUACUUAUCCAAAAUGCUUGUAAAUGUACUCAAUAAUUGGGAAAAGGGAUGAACGAACAUUAAAAUUCGUCGCCAGGAAAUACUUGCGUCGUGAAGCGAACCGGUUUUACAUAAAGCUUACGAUUCUGUUUCUGCUAAAGAAUGUAGAUUUAUGCGAAUAACAAUGUGAAUUGUGCCAGUUGUCUGCAACUCGUGCAAAUGAUAAUAACACUGUUGUAAGAUGAGUUGUUUAGGUUAAUUAAGUAUUUAAAGUAAAGGCUUUCUGAUGGCAGCAAUACCGUUUCGAGGAUUUUCAAUAUAAUUACACUUCAUUUUCAUAGAUUACUGCUCGUGUUAACUCAAGCAAGGUACGAAUUCCGUUUAUAAGUCGAAAUGAUAGAGUACAUAAAUUUGUACUUCUUUCCAUGAUUUUUUAAACUGAAUUUGAUGUUUUCUGGUUUAUUACUUAUUUAUUGGAUUCAUAUGCACUGAAUAUUUGAAAAGUAUUCCUAAUUCUAUUUUAAUCUUCAUUAACUUUGUAUCUUCUACGCACUGUGUUUUCGUUAUUAUUGAAAAAUUAUUUGAAAAAAACUCUCAAAUGCCAUAAAUUAGUGAUAAAAAUUUGCUUACGAAGUUAUCACAAAAUAAAAAAAAAACAAAAAAAAAUUAAUGUUAACUACUAUUUAUAAUCUAAUGAUUGCAACUUAAAUCUCAUUAAUGUAAAAAAGAAAAAUCGAUAGGUUGGAAUGGAAAUGUAAUGCGAUAUUUACAUAAAUUUAAAUUAACUCUAAAAUGCGAAGUCGACGGAUGGAUGGCCAACACUUGAGGGUGUAGCCAGUGAAAUAUAAAUACGUACAUAAAACAAAUAAGCAAAUAAACCCUAUACAAAUUAUCCAGUGACUAAAUCUAAAUUUAUAUUUGAAAUAAUUUUAAGUAAUGUAACUUUUUACAAGAGAGCAAAAUCAACUCUGCAGAUCUAAGCAUAGAGUUGCUGAAAGUAAUGUUUUAUAAACAUUUAAAGCAAUUUAAGGAAUGUCCUCCCCGCAAAUUUAUAAUGAAAAUACAAAAUGCGUGUGCGUACAAUUAUUGUCAACAUGUAGGAUUGUAUUCCCACAAAUUGUUUUAUUAGUUUUUUUUUUUUAAGAUAUGCGGCAAACAGAAUAUGUAUGUUAAUUACUUAAGACCAAAAUGAAACGAAUAAAACAUUGGUUAGAAAACAAUAUCUCAAUAUACGUAUUAGAAUUAAGAACCAAUAUAAAUGUACUAUACACUUACAUACAUAAAUACAUACAUACAUAUAUGCUAUUUACUACAAUAUU